UCCUGUGUCACGUAUUAUUCGCGCUCGAGUUUGCAAGGAGCCUGCAGAACUCCUCUCAAGUUACGUUUGUUUGUUUAUUUAUUCAAAUUAAUUUAAAAAUACUUUCAAGUGAUACACAACACUAAUAAAUAAAUAAGAAUGAAAACGUUUGUGCCAAUCCUGUGGGCUAUUAUAGCCUCUGUAGUUCUUGCACAUCCUGCCACUGAUAACAAAUCAGGGGACAAUGAUCUCAUGGCAGCAAUAUACAACGAUUGUUUAAAAAAGGAAUCUAUCAAUUGUAUCAAGUACAAGUUUUUCACUUUCGUUGAUAAAAUGCUUAACGAUAAAGAGGAUAUUACGUUAUCUGAGGGAAUCACUGUUGUCAAGACCUCAACAGCUGAAGAAGGAGCUCCUAGAUCAAUUGACUCAUCAGACGUGGACACCCUCAUAUUCGAUCGUCUGAGCCGGUUCUUGAAGACCCAUUCGAUAAAAGUUGAUCUUAAAGGAAGUGAUAUCCUUGGGGUCGUUGAAUCUGCUGGACGGAAUUUGGAAGAAUUGAGUGAUAGUGUUGUCGAAGGGCGUGGUAAAAAGAAGAAGACUCAAAAAUUAAUUGGACCUCUUAUGAUGGCCAUGGCGCUAAAAGCUGCAGCACUCCUUCCCAUAGCUUUAGGAACAAUUGCUUUAAUCGCCGGUAAAGCUCUUCUGAUCGGUAAAAUAGCUCUGGUGAUCUCAACUAUUAUUGGACUGAAGAAACUACUUGGCCAACAAAAGCACGUAACUUAUGAAGUAGUUGCUCACCCACAUCAUAGCAGCAGCAGCAGCAGUCAUGUGAGCCACGAUGAUGGUGGUCAUGGCGGCUUUAGUGGUGGAGACUUUGGAGGUGGAUACAGUGCCGCUGGAGGAUCAAGUGGUCAUGGUUGGUCCAGAAGCUUGCCUCAAGACUUCCAACAACAUGCUCAACAACUUGCUUACAGCGGACAAAUGCCUGCUGUAUAGGCCUAAAUGAUCUCUGAUGUCACUCCAACUAUUUCAAUCUCAAUUUUGUUCUCUUUACCUUCUUUUCUUUUGUUAUUUUUCU